CCCCCUCCCUUCUCUUCCACCUCUUCCUCUCCCCUGUCUCUCGCCGCACACACGCACGCACACACGUCCCUCGCACACCCCGUCCUCCCACUCACGGCAGGGUCAUCGCACGCGCGCGCGCACGCGCACACAUUCUCCCGCUGCCAGAGCCGACUCGCCGGGGCCGACUUCUUUCAACUUUGCGUUCCGUAGCGCGACUGGCGGAGGAGGCGGCGGAGGCGGCGGCGGCACAGAAAAGGUCACCACCAACGUAUCUGGAGCGAGCGCGCGCGCCUGAUGAGGAUGCCUUUCCGUUAGAUUCGCGCUGCGUGCGUGAGCUGUGCCCGCUCGCUCUCUCCGGGCUGUUCGGGACAUUUGGCUGCGAGAGUUUUGCCGUUGUGCCACGGAUUACAGAGAUUUAAAACCAGAAAACCCGUGGAUCUUUUUUUUUUUUUACGACUCCGUCUUGCAACUUUCCUUCGGACGGGGCGACAAACAAAAGAUGGGACCCGAGAAAGAUGUGGUGGCCGUGCUUUGCUGCAUGUUAAUGAUCAACUCGGCGUGCCUUGCCCAACAAGAGACGACCAACGAGUGUUUGUCUGCUAAUGCCAAGUCAUGUGGAGAGUGCAUUCAGGUUGGCGGCAAGUGUGCCUGGUGUACAAAGCCUGACUUCACCGGGCCGGGGGAGUCGAACUCGGCCCGCUGCGACUAUGCGGACAACCUGGAGCGCCGCAAGUGUCCGCCUACGUCCAUAGAGAGCCCCACGGGCAAGGUGAAGAUCCUCAAGGACAAGAAACUCACCAACCGCAGCAGCAAGCUGCCGGCCAAGGACAUCACACAGAUUGCUCCGCAGCUGAUCGAACUCACGCUCCGCUCAGGUCAGCCGCAGAACAUCGACCUGCGCUUCCGCCGCGCGGCCGACUACCCCAUCGACCUCUACUACCUGAUGGACCUCUCCUACUCCAUGAAGGACGACCUGGAAAACGUCAAGAAGCUCGGCACGGAGUUGCAGCAGCGCAUGAAGGACAUCACCAGCGACUUCUUUAUCGGCUUUGGAUCGUUUGUGGAUAAGACGGUGAUGCCCUACAUCAGCACCACUCCCAAGAAGCUGCAGAACCCGUGCGGUAACAAUGACGAAAAACAGGUGUGCACCAGCCCGUUCAGCUACAAGAACGUGCUGUCUCUCACCUCGGAAGGAAAUAAAUUCAACUCUCUCGUGAGUCGCCAGAAGAUCUCCGGGAACUUGGACUCUCCCGAAGGUGGCUUCGACGCAAUGAUGCAGGCAGCCGUGUGCGGGAACAAGAUUGGCUGGCGCAACAACACGCGUCUGCUCGUGUUCUCCACGGACGCCGGCUUCCACUUUGCGGGCGACGGGAAGCUGGGCGGCAUCGUGCUGCCCAACGACGGGCGCUGCCACCUGGACGGGAAGGGGAUGUACACGCAGAGCGACUUCUACGACUACCCGUCCGUCGCGCAGCUGGUGCAGAAACUCGGAGAGAACAGCAUCCAGCCCAUCUUCGCUGUCACGGAAGAGUUCUAUAACGUCUACAAGGAACUCAGUAACUUGAUCCCAAAAUCGGCCGUCGGAGUUCUCUCUUCGAAUUCCAGCAACGUCAUCCAGCUCAUCAUCGACGCCUACGAUGCACUGUCGUCGGAGAUUAUCCUGGAGAACAGCAAGGUGCCCGAGGGCCUGCAGUUCCGCUACACCGCCGUCUGCAAGGACAACAAGGUGUUCCGCGGGGAGCAGGGCCGCAAGUGCUCCGACAUCCAGAUCGGCGACGAGGUCCAGUUCACGAUCGAGGUGGUCGCCACAAAGUGCCCCAACAACGGCAAGGCGCACGAGGUGGAGAUCCGGCCGCUGGGCUUCCAGGAGAAGGUGACGGUGCUGCUGCGCUUCGAGUGCGAGUGCCAGUGCCACACCUCCGGCGUCAGCAACUCCAUGGAGUGCCACUUCGGCAACGGCACGAUGGAGUGCGGCGCGUGCAGGUGCAACGAGGGCCGGGUGGGGCGCCUGUGCGAGUGCGGCACCGACGAGGUGAACUCGGAGGACAUCGAAGCGUCGUGCAAGCGCGACAACUCGUCCACCGUCGUGUGCAGCGGGCGAGGCGACUGCGUGUGCGGCGAGUGCAUCUGCUACAAGCGCGAGAGCCCCGAGCUCGUGUCCAGCAAGCACUGCGAGUGUGACAACUUCUCCUGCGACCGACACAACGGACUCAUCUGUGGAGGUAACGGACGCUGCGAGUGCGGCAAGUGCGAUUGCUUCAGCAACUUCACGGGCAGCAGCUGCGACUGCUCGUUGGACGCGCGCUCCUGCAUCGGCCGCAACGGAGAGAUGUGCUCGGGCCGCGGCAACUGCACCUGCGGCACGUGCACCUGCACCGACCCCAAGUACCAGGGGCCCAAGUGCGAGCACUGCCCCUCGUGCCCGGACGCGUGCGAGCUGCACAAGGACUGCGCGGAGUGCAAGGCCUUCCAAACGGGGCCCAAGAAGGAGACGUGCGACAAGUGCGAGUUCGAGGUGAAGAAGGUGGAGGAGAUCGAGAAGAGGGAGAGCACGGAGCACACGGCCUUCUGCAAGGUGAAGAACGAAGAGGACUGCUGGUUCUACUUCAACUUCACGUACGCCAAGAGCGACGCCGAGGUCUACGUGCAGACCAAAGUCGAGUGCCCCGAGGAGCCCAACAUCAUCGCCAUCAUCGCGGGCGUGGUGGCGGGCAUCGUGCUCAUCGGCCUUGCGCUGCUGCUCAUCUGGAAGCUGCUCAUGAUCAUCCACGACCGGCGCGAGUUCGCCAAGUUCGAGAAGGACCGCAUGAACGCCAAGUGGGACACGCAGCAAGAAAACCCAAUCUACCGCAGCCCCAUAAAUAAUUUCAAGAACCCCAACUUUGGACGCAAAGGCGUCCCUCUCUGAACAUCUUUGCUCGGCGAAAAUCCGAUCUACAAGAGCGCCGUCACGACCGUAGUCAACCCAAGAUACGAAGGGAAAUAACAUCUUUGCGCAAUCAAGCGUUUUUUUUUUUAAAUCGACAUUGAAAGAACUUGAUUGCUUGUUAUAUUUUGAUAACAGAAAACGGUAAAUAGUUUUGUAGUUUUUCCUCCCAAGUAUUAAUGUGCCGCGUGGCAGGUCUCGAUUUCUCGUAGGCAAUGUAACGGUUCAUGGCACAUGCGAUGAAUCGUGCGUCCUAAGAACCUAUUUUAACUCUUCGCUGUCGACGUCAAGAAUUUGGGCUUAGGGCGCCGUAGUUGUUGGGAGUGCUUUUAAAAGAACCACCAUUACCAAACUUUCAUUCGCACAUCCGAGCCGAGCCAGCACAAGGCCCUUGCGGUGCUGCUGCUGCUGCUGCUGGUGGUUUUCCACUGGCUAAUUAGCGAGCCGAGCAGGCACCAAACCGUGAUGCGGUGGCCCCACGCCAUCUAAAUCUGGCUUGGUGCCAAAAACGGCCAGGGUGGUCGGUGUGCUCGUGGACGUGUCCAUUGCGUACGAUGUCCGGCUUGACACGGAGAUCACCGCGUCGGCUGCCUGCUUGCUGCGUCUUCACUCGUUCGUUGCGCGCGACGUCGGUCAGCGACGCUGCCACGACGCGAGGACGCAGCGUCGCCGUUGUCCUCUUAACAGAGCGUCUCGACUCGAAUCAUCGGCGGCGGCGGCGGCGGCGGCACGGCUCGACUCGACUUCCACAGUGGGGCUGGAAAAAAACAACCUGGCGCAUCCUGAGCCAAGCGGGGGACCCAAUCGCCACAGUUCCCCUUGCACAGUGGAAAAGAGGCGUGACUGCCCCAACCCUGCCACACAUGCCACCGAGGAUUCCCCCUAGCCAGGAUUCGCCAUACUCGCAACGGUUAGCACGCACGCGCGAGCGUCGCUUCACAUUUUGUUGUUGUUUAAUGUUGUCGCAUCGUUGAUUAGCACCCGAGGUGGGAACCCGACAGCCGCUACAGAUUCUGAAUUGAACGAAGGAAUGAAAUUGCGCUCCCGAAUGCGUGACACUUGCGCGAUUUGCUUCGAGCGUGAAUCGUCAGUUUGCCGAGUGGCUCGUGCCCAAAAGUAAAUAGACGUUUUUAGAAACGGUAAACCACGGUUGUGUAUGCCAAGUUUUGCGAGAUUCUCGCCAUUACAAAAGCUGUGCUUUUUGUAAAGCAUGAUUUGUAAUUAAUAGGUGUUUUUAACGUGCAACUUUUAAUUAAAGAGAGCUAUCUAUUAAACGAUUAUAUAUUUUUUGCAAGCAGUUGUUCCACGCAAGAACCAUCGGUAAGCUAUACAAUGAUACGGAUUUUUUGUUUUUGAUAAUUUAAUUUGUGCCGUCUGAUGUAAUAAAAACAGAUAUCUUGUACAUUAAAAGCCAAAACCUUAUAAACGA